CGAUCUGAUCUCCACUCGCAUUCGGUGGAGGAGCAGCAGGAGAUAAAAGCUAAGCCAGCAGUUUUGCUUUUGGGACGAGGUGCGCGGUUACUUAACAAAUAUUUCGUGCGACUGAGAAAGGGUAGAGAAUCAUUUUUGACGUUUUUGCCAAUUAAGAUUAAGUAAGCAUAUGUGCUGUAGGACUGAGAAAUACUUUAAAUCUUUUUUUACAUGCUAGCAACUAGACUGGAACGAGAAAAAACAUGCCUCAAGCUGCUUAUCUAGGACAUCUCUUGUCCUUGUUGGUUCACCUUUCGUCGUGUUUUUUUGGUCCCUUGUUGCUCUACUUCCCGAUUGUUCCACCAGCCAACGGCUUAGAUCUGCUUGCGCGGGGACCCCCUCCGCGACCGGCCGGAGCCCCCCCGACGCCCCGCGCCCAUGGUCGAAGCGUGAGUCCCGGCAUGAGGAGCGUAGCAACUACGGCAACCUCUUUGUCACCCUCCCGGCGCCAGCUCAGUGGUCUCCUGACAGGUACACCGCGCGCGGGUGGGCAGCCUUUGCUCCAUCCCGCGAUUGCGUCACCGGGUCACUUGGCAGGUCCACGCUCGUUCGUUCGGGCGCAAGAUAGUAGCAGUACCCCAGGUGGCGCAACAAGUGGCUUUGGUUUAGUUGGUCCCCUCGUCGGCGGGGGCACGUCAACGCCAAGGUCCGGACUGAUCGGAACGAGAAGUACCAACGGAACAAUUCUGACCCCCGUCUCGCAUUAUGGCGGAGGUUUGUCUCGACUCGCUCAACCUUCGUUGUCAACAACGCCCCGAGCUGCUCCUGCAGGCGGCGCGACGGGGUACUACAGCGGGGACGACCAGGUCGUGCCGUACGGCUACGGGGACCCGGUGAUCUGGGGCUUCACGCACUCCGGCAUCGUGGUCGGAAAGCCCGUGCUGGAUCGCAACAAUCGGGUGGCGCUGCACGUGCGCUACUCGGACCCCGUGAUGGGGGACUCGCACUUGGGGCUCGUCCCUGUGGCGGACUUGCGGAGGGCGUGACGGGGCGGGACUUCUACGAAAUAUACGAGGUCGUUUUUCAAAGUAUUGGUAGUUCACUACAGUACGCUAAAAGUAGUAUUUGAGCAGCAGUUUUUAUUUUGUUGGUUUCAGUACGUAAAUACGGCAUGUUCCCUGGCAUGAAACUCUACCGGUGUAACUCGUGCUGGCACACGAGUCUCUGUCCUCUCUUCGUGUCUAGUUUCUAUUUUCACCAGCACGAUCUCGACCACAGAUCGCUGUUUCUGUGGUCGGUUACACUUCAAAUACAAAUGCAUGCAGCGUCCAGAUGUUAUACUAGUACUACUUUGAAUUCUACUUGGAGCUCCCAUUCCAUUAGGCCUGCCGAUGUGCUGUUGUCUGCGAAAUGCAAAACAGAAGGUUAUUGCUUCGUGCAAAGAGAUGAUUUAUAGUAGAGUUGUGAACCAUAAAGAAGUUCAAGUUUCAACGGCAGUAGGAUUGAGUUACAGAUAGAGAUGUUGCACUGAGCUCAUAGCAACUGCACCACGCGAAUGAGGAUCAGAAAUGCAAAACUUGGCAGAGUAGAAACUGUCAACAAGCCAUCGCAGGAAAAGGAUCAAAUAAGCAAAAAAUUAUGAAAUCGAUCCCCCGCCUCAAAAAUCGAUCACAGCGCGCUGAAUCCAGAAUGAGUUGAUGCCCG